AAUGAGAGCAAAUCUGUGCAGAUGAUGGCCAAAAGCGGGCAUUUUAAUUUUGCCUUCCUGGAGGAUGUGCAGGCCAAGAUCCUGGAAAUACCAUACAAAGGCAAUGACCUGAGCAUGGUCCUGCUGCUGCCCCAUGAAGCAGAUGGCCUGCAGGAGCUUGAAGACAAACUCACUGCUGAGAAGUUAAUGGAGUGGACCAGCCCAGGGAGCAUGGAGAUGACUAAUGUAAAUGUGCGCCUCCCUCGAUUCAAAGUGGAAGAGACCUACGACCUCAAGACCAUGUUGAGAGCCAUGGGGAUGGAGGAC